UCUCUAGCCAUGCAGGGGCCGAGACCAGUGGUUCUGAGUGGCCCAUCAGGUGCAGGGAAGAGCACUUUGUUAAAGAAAUUGCUUAAAGAUUACGAGAACAUCUUCGGCUUCAGCGUCUCCCACACCACGAGGCAGCCAAGACCUGGAGAAGUAAAUGGCAAAGAUUACCACUUUGUGACCAGAGAGGAAAUGCAGAAGGAAAUUGCUGCCGGUGAAUUCAUUGAGCACGCGGAGUUCUCCGGAAACAUGUACGGGACGAGUAAAGGUGCAGUGCAGGCUGUUCAGGCCCAGAAUCAGAUCUGCGUCCUCGACAUCGACAUCCAGGGUGUGAAGAACAUCAAGAAGACAGACCUGAACCCCAUCUACAUCUCCGUGCAGCCUCCGUCCAUAGACAUCUUGGAGAAAAGACUACGUGACCGAAAGACUGAGACAGAAGAAAGUUUGCUGAAGCGUUUGACUGCGGCCCGCGUAGAUUUGGAGCUCAGUAAAGAGCCUGGCCUGUUUGACCUGGUCAUUAUUAAUGACGAUUUGGAAAAAGCCUAUUCCGAACUGAAGGAGAUACUCCUGGAGGAAAUCAAGAAGACCCAAGAAUCCAGGAAGUCCUGAGCUGAGCCUGCUUGGACGUUUUAACUUUGCACAUCAUUCCCGAAGCACGCCGUACCAUUUUAUUCCGAGAGACAUUCCCUUUAGGCUGACCCUCCUCCUGAGUUACUCUAAGAUGUUUCUAUUAAAAGGAAGGAAAA